UACUUUAUCUGUGGGUCAACAUGGCUACGCGUGUUGUGUCAUUGCGAUAAAAUUUACGUUUUUCUUUGUUUAUUUUAAGUUAAUCAGCGAUUUUAGUUUAUUUCUGUGUUGAAAUAUACCUUCACUAAUGUUUUGUGUUUGUGAAUUUACGUUUUGAAUAUGGGUACAAGCACGAUGGGUAGCGAUCUACACUCAGAUAAGCAGGACAAGUUAUUGAAAUUGCAAGCUAGAAAGAAAGAAUUAGAGCAGCUUUUAGCCACAAAGAACGAGGAAUUGUAUAAACUAUGUGUUCAAGAAGUUCAACUGACGGGAAUCAUGCCACCCGAGGCGCCUUUGAGCCCCGAAGUGCCGAGAGAAAGACUAAACAGCGUACGUAGUACUGAUAGGUCAACUGAUGGCAAUGACGUCCAAGACGGCUCAGAUAACACUUCCAGACGUCUCCGAACGGCUCCAGGAGAGCGUUUGCACGAUUCAGAUCAGAAUCUACGCAAAAACCUCACACACAGACUUUCUACGCCAUCGAUAUCAGGUAUGUCGACGAAAAGUGCGCACCCAAGACAUAUACGGCGUCCGGAAACUAGCUGUUCUAAUUUCUUCCCGUCCCCGCCUCAGGAAAGGAAUCCAGAGACUUUUUCAAUGCACACUUCUCACACCUAUCCAGCAUUAGCAGGAAGACAUGAGCCAAUUCAGCCAAUGACUGAGAACAUGCACAAUGAUGUCAAUCAGCCUCCUGGGUACAGACACCACACAAUGACCACUGAGUAUAUGAAUAAAAUUUACUAUAACAAUGCUCCCGAUGCUCACGUUACUCGUCUACGAGAGACACACUUCAGCUCGAGCCAUCCUGAUAUUACUACCCACUACACUCACACCACUGCUGCUCCACAGCCAAUGGCACAACAGAAUGGUAUGAGAAAUAAUGCUCUCUUAUAUCAGUAUGCUUCUCAUCUGAAAGCCCAGAGUCAACAUUUGGCAGCUCUUCCUCAUCACCACCAAAUGCAAGUUCAAUCUAAAAGAAGACCUGAAGGCAACCGGAGGAACACAUUGCAGCGCACACAGACCUACCAUUUAACAUCACAUAGCGAUUACAAUCAACACUUAGAGAAUAUUAUGGACACCCACAGGCCCCCCUUGCCAAUGUACCAGCACCGAUCUCAGCCAGAUAUUCAAGAGCAGCCUACGGAUAGAAUACAUGUGCCUACAGAGAGGCCUACUGUACCUAACACCUUGCCUUUGCGUGAACGAAAUGCCAGACCUAUGCACAUGCCCCUACAAGUAUCUACAGAUGAAUAUAUCCAUGAAAGACGAGGUUAUCCUGAUGCGCUGAGCCCUGUCAGUCAGUUAUCAGGAUAUUCUCAAGGAAAUUUUGACUCGGUCAGUAUGAAUAAAUUUUCACCUCUAUCUCAAGAUUCUAAAGUCCGAGAGAAGCAAUGGUAUGAAACCUCAUUAGACUCUCCAACCAAAGCUGAGGCACCUUUACUGAAGAAGAGUUCCAGUCUCAAAAGGACUUCAAGUAUAGGUAACUCCCAAACUUAUGAGAUAAUGAUUUCCACUGGUCGCCAUUCUGCUAUGCAGAGCCCUAAUCAGUCCCACAGUCCCUCCGUGCUAUCACCAACAUCUUCUACCUUAGAAUCUCCCAAGAACUUAACAGUCAUUGAACAAGGUAAAUGCAUACCAUACAGGGAGGAGACGAAGCCUUUUGAAAUGUCAGAUUUUUAUAAAUACUCAACUAAGUUCCGGCAAGCAGGGCCUCCGAAGACUCAGCCUGCACCGAUGCAUUCAGGGUACAAUAAGUUACCCAUGGAGUUACCGCAGUAUGCACAGGACCAUUGGCAGGGACAAAGCAACUAAAGACGAUUUUUUUUUACCCAGUCAAUGAGAUCAGGCUGAAGUCACGGAUCAUCAGCACAAGCUGAUAUAGAGGUCAUUGCGCUAGUUUUCGUCCAUUUGAUGGGAUAGCAAAUAAUAUAUAUCAUAUUUAAUUUGCUACUUGCGAAAUAUCAUUUUAAUGUAGACAGAUAUAUUGUUAAGGAUUGCAAUAACUCCAAAUUUGUGUGGCAAGGUAGGUUUAUAUUCAAAUUUCGUCAAGUGGACGAAAACUAGCUGGGCAGAAACUAGCGCAAUGAUCCUAUUUCUAAAUUUCCUGAGCUGAAACAACUUUAUGGGCAACAUGAACCUCUGUCUCUUAUGAUUUAUGAUACUUACGGCUUGCAUUAUUUAUUUUAGUUAUUAAUUUCGUAAAUAGGUUAAACUAUCUUGUCAUAUAAAUUACUUUAAAUCUAUUGAAUUUUAAUGAAAUUAUUUUAGAAUGGAAUGUGUUCACUCAGUGGGAGUUAAUUUUAGUUCAGUAGUUUACUUAUAGAACAGUAAAGCUAAAAUAUGCCAAUAGCCUCCUAAGGCCUAAUUGCGCAGUGACCCAAAAGGGGUCAUCCAUUAAAUACAUCACACGUUUAGGGGGGGGGAGGGGGUCAAGAAAAUUUGACAUGUUGUGACAAGGGGGAGGGGGAGUCACAAACUUUGUGACGUCACUAACUUAUUAAAAUUAUUUUAUUCGCUGUACAGUUAAAAUAAAAUAACAAGUUUUUGGAACGAUAAUCGUUUUUAAUAGUUCAAUUUUCUUUCCUAAUCUGUUUUGGGUUAUAAAAUUACUAAUAUUUCUUCUUUUGUCUGAAAUAUUUUGAUCAAAUAUUAAUAAUACUUAAUUCGAUUUGCCGACUUCAUUGAAAGAAUGUGACGUCACACCAGGGGGGAGGGGUUUGCCAAAUGUGACCAAGUGUGACAAGACAGGGUCAAAAAACCUCGAAAUUCCUGUGACAUAAUUCAUGGAUUAACCCAAAUGAGUCUUGGCCUCCGACACGAGUAUGCGCCAGUCGUCUUGAUCCUGUGCCAUCUCCCGCCAGUUAUCGGGUGGUUGUAAGGCCCAGCCCUACAAAAGUAAAAUCCAAAAUUUGCCACUGAAACUUGUACCUAUAGUGUAGGAAAUAGAGUUGAUUUUGCGUUGUUGGAAAAUUAAACGAAACAAAACAAAAGCGACUGUUCCAAUUGAAUAGGGUUUAAAUUUCAUCGAACUGAAGAGGUACUAAGUAGGACCUUGGGCCUUAGGAGGAUAGGUAAGUGAUUCAGAUCUCUGUAAAUAGCUGCUAUACUUAACAUUUUAAACCUAUUUUUGUAUGAAAAAUGUUCCAUGUAAUGACUGUGUGGCCUUCCAUGCCUUCAAGGGUCCUUAUGAUCUAUAUGCAUAUAUAGGACCCUUUUCGAUGGAAAGCCACAUAUUAAAAAAUGUGAUGUACCUAUACCUAUUUGAAUUGAACCUGCAAUUCUUUAAACCCUUUAAUCCUUAUUUUAAACCAUAACAUCACAUUUUUAUGCAUUGAAGAUAAAGUUUUUCAAAUAUAACUAAAAUAUUAAUAACAUUCAGAACUGCAAUCAUUAUGUACUCUUUAUAGUAGGCCAGCGGCUGUAGCACGGUCGCAUUUUUAUCACCUGUCACCAUGUCUGUCACGUUCUAACAAGUAUGUAAGUGCGAUAGUGACAGGCAUAGUGACAGGCGAUAAAAAUGGAACCAUGCUGCCACCGCUGGGGCCCAUUUCUCAGAUGGUAUUAGACUAAUAUUAUUAGCCAACGAACUAUCAAAUCAUAUGGGUUACCAUGGCAACACACUAAUAAUACUAGCCAAUAGGGUUCGAGAAAUGGGCCCCAGGCCUAAAUAACACUAUGUUCAUGAAUGUUAAAACGAGACUGAAACAUUAUGUACAAAGUAUUAGCAUUUUAUUAUUUUAUUAUCAGUCUUAAUGAUAUUGACAGAUGAGGACUGAUAGCAAUAUUUGAAUCGUUGAUUAUGGACAAUAAAAUCAAUCGGAUAAUGGACUAUCAUAUUGUAUUUGUAUUUAUUGUGUCACAUUUAUGAGUCAUUGCAAUCAUGAUAAUAUGACAUAAUUAUUGUAGUAAUAAAUGUAGUGAAUUGUUGUUAAAAUAACACAGCUCUAUCUCAGCCUACCAUAUUUUCACCAGUUUUUAUGGUUAUGUGUUAAUUAUAAUAAUAUAAGUGCAAUGUUAAAGCCCACCGCUUACUAAAAACAUGAGAGCGUAAAAUUAAAUUGCCUUAACUUGUGAUAAAACUAACAAAUCAUGAAUUAUCCAAUGGAUUUAACACCUAUAUGUAUUGAACUUUUAUGAAAUAUUUUUUGAUUUGCCUAGCCUUUCAAAGAUAGCAUACACCAGAGAAUUUGGGACGGGUACCGCCGUGGCCGGGUGGUCUAGUGGUCGCAGUACUGAGAGUUCCCGCUACUUGACGCUAGAUGUAGACUACCAAAAUAGUCUUUUUGGUAACAAAACCGAUGUUUGGAGUGAACACUCUAUGUCUCCUUAAUUUUCUUUGUCCAAACUCACAACUUGCUAAACAAACGACCCGGCCACGAAAUCGCGCGGGUCGGGGCGAAGGUCUGAGCGAGACAGCGAUCGGACCUUUCGUUCUCACCUAUGGCCGCCGCUCGCCGCUGCCGCCGCCGCGCGAUGUCGUGGCCGGGCCGUAAGGGCAGUGGUCGUGGUUAGCGUCCACACAAGUGUCCAUUGCGAUCAUCUAACCAGUAUGUUUUUAUUCCAUUCCAGUGUACUCUUUGCCGUUAUAUCCUCAAUAAUGAUAGUAAUACUCACUGUCUCGUUCUGGUGAGACAAUAAAGAGAACUGGGAUCAUUAUCUGUACAAACUUAUUUAUUAUGGACUAAUUACUGAAACAUGUUUCCAGGUGGAAAUGUUUAUGGCAAAAAUGCAUAUGUUUUAUUGUAGUAAUAAUUAUGUAUCGCAGUAGAAACUCCUUCCGUGACUAUCUACUGUUUUUCUCAUUAAGUUUUACACUAAUCUAAUAGGUAUAAAACAUGUUAGAAGAAAAAUAAUUUUGAAUUAAAAAAUUAUAUUUUACCUAAACGUGGCCUUUGUCAAACUUGCCAAGCAAACUAACCUUAAAAAUAACGACCAAUAAGAAUAAAAUAAAAAAUUUAAAGUAUAUUUUAGAUGUAUCGUAUAGAAAAUAAAUAUUGUAGCAAUCAAAUUGCAAAAUAUGCUACAAGAUUAUGAAGAUUUUAAAUAUUUUUAUACGUUGUUUAUGUAUAAAAUGUGCUGAAGGCACGAAAGUAUGUGUAACUAAUAAAUUAUGAUAAGCAUUU